AUGAAACUUUGGAUUUGCUUGGUGUUUUUUGCACUAAUCCAGCAUGUGCUAUCUCAAGACUACUAUGCCAUACUAGGCCUGUCGAAGGAUGCAAGUGACAAAGAGAUUAAGUCUGCGUAUCGUCAGUUAUCCAAGAAAUACCAUCCGGACAAGAACCCAGGUGAUGAGGAGGCCCACCACAAAUUUAUUGAGGUUGGUGAGGCCUAUGACAUACUUGGUGAUCCCGAGAAGCGUAAGACAUACGAUGUCCAUGGUGCGGAUGCAUUCAAGAAUGGUGGACAAGGUCAACGUGGGGGCGGAUUCCACGAUCCAUUUGAUAUGUUUGAGCAGAUGUUUGGCAGACAAGGUGGCGGUUUCAGACAGACACAGAGAAGUCAGAACUACCAAGUACGCAACCAAGUUUCGCUGAAAGAAUUUUACUCUGGAGGUGAAGUUGAGUUUGAAAUUCCAUUGAAUGAUAUAUGUGAUUCAUGCCAUGGAAGUGGGUCUGCUGAUGGUAAAGUUAAAGUAUGCCCGGCAUGCCAAGGUAGAGGUGUUGUAGUACAAGUUAUUCGUAUGGGCCCCAUCACGCAACAGAUACAACAACAAUGUGGACAAUGUGGUGGUAAAGGUAAGACCAUUGAAAACCCAUGCAAGACCUGUAAGGGUCAUAAAGUUGUACGGAAGAACAAGCCAUUCCAUUUCGAAUUCCCGGGUGGUAUUCCAAGAAACCACAUCGAUAAGAAGAGUGGUGAAUCUGAUAAAUCCCCUGAUAUGGAGAGUGGUGAUAUUAUAAUUGAAUAUAACGAGAGUGAAAAAGAAAAUCUGGGCUACAGAAGACGUGGAAACAACUUAUACAGAACAGAAAUCAUUACUGCUAACGAAGCCAUAAACGGUGGUUGGACCCGAGAGAUAGAGUUCUUGGAUGAAAAGAAGAAGGUGAAACUAUCGAGACCAAAGGGCUCAAUCGUUAAUAAUGGCGAUAUCGAAAGGAUUAAAGGUUUUGGUAUGCCUAUCAUGGGAUCCAAAAACUUUGGAGACCUUUACAUAGACUACGUCGUACUCGUACCUAAGAGCCAAACCUCACCAAUAGAUGACGAAUUGUAG